AUGAUAGAAAAUGAUGAGGCCGACAGCUAUUCUGCCGGAACCACCAGGGAAACAGGAGGUGAAGCAGAGGGGGAGGAAUAUUGCCUAGAAAAGAGACCCAGGCAAGAGGAUGAUAGCGAGACCGUACCUAAGAAGUUUAUGAUGCCACCUAUGGCUGCCUACGAUGGAACUGGGAACCCCCGAGAACAUGUCCUUAACUACAAGACCUUCAUGAAGCUACAGACUUUGUCGGAUGCUUUAAUGUGCAAGGUAUUCCCAACGACGUUAUCAGGCCCAGCAAGAGCAUGGUUUAAUAACCUGGAGGCUGGGAGCAUCAACAGUUUCGGAGACUUGGCCACUCGUUUCAUCAGCCGCUUCAUUUCUGGUGUUCCCGCCGAUAGGAAAACGAGCUACUUGGAAACAAUCAGGAAGCCUCCGACCUCACUGGCUGAGUUGAUGAAGCGGGCCGAAAAGUAUAUAAGGCAGGACGAUGCCUUGGUAACAAGCAGGUUUGCUAGGGGACUGACAGAUAAAAGAAAAGCACUGGAGGAAAAGAGGCUAGAGAAACACGAGAGAAAGCACGGUGGAAGGCCUGAGCCCUAUAAACAGCCUUGGGAGCGUAGGGAUCAAAGACCCCUCCCUUCUCAGGACCCCGUACAAAGAUCACGGCCCUCCUGGGUCCCGGAGAAGCCAACCCCACUCAACGCCUCAAGAGCCGAGGUACUCAUAGCCGUACAAGAUAAGGAAUUCUUACAGUGGCCCAGGCCCCUAAGAGCUGAAGCAGACCAACGAAAUCCUGACAAGUACUGUCAGUACCAUCGCACGCAUGGCCAUGAUACCAAUAACUAUUUUCAGUUGAUCGCCGAGAUCGAGAGGUUAAUCAAGAGGGGUCACCUUAAGAACUUCGUAAAGAAGCCGGAAGGACAGAGGCCUCCGCCGACUCCGACAGUCUAA